CCGGAUCGGCACACCCCUCGCCCGGGCCUGCGCCCCGUGAACCACGCCGAUCCGGGUGCCGGCGGCCGCUCCUGGCAGCACCUCCGCAAGUCCGGGCCGGACGACACGCAGGCCCAUGGUGGCAUGCCCGUAAUCCUCGGCCAUACUCCCCCAUAG